AUGUUUACGGCUUCGAGCGAGGGCGGUGAUGAUGGCGAUAUCACCAAAUUUGGAGAUUCGACGGACUUGGUUGUUAGUCCUCUGGCGAAGAAGCCGAGGCUAGAUCUGAAAGUGGAGGCGGAGGCGGAGGCGAAGGUCGAACCAGAAGUACGAAUUCUCCGGCGACCGGAUCUGAGCGACCCGGAUUAUAAGAGACAGCGAGAGAUGUAUUUUGAGCAGUAUGAAAAGAGCGAGGUGAUAUUCAUUCCUUUGAUUUAG